CUUUUGCUAAAAGAAGGCGCAAUUCCAACUUUGCGUGGGAUACCUGCAGACGAGGGACAUGCCAGUGCAUCAUUGGAGUUACCAGCCACAAAAGAUAUCGGCUGCCAGACUGAGCCCCUUCAAACACAGAGUGUUGGCACACAACUCUCUUCUAGGACUCUUCGUUCACAUUACAAAAGUGAAGCUGUACAGGCUACUGUGUCCUGCAAGGACUUUGGCACAUCCACUGAUCCCUUCAUAGACCCACUCCCUUAUCUAAGCUCAACACCCAUAAAGCGACCGUCUAAGAGACCUCGCCUGGAGGAGGAGGAGGAGGAGGAGGACCCUUUCGAGGGGAGCUCAAUUGUCACUUCUCAAGGGCCGGACACAACCUAUGACCCUGCAGACUGUCUCAACUUUGACAGAGUCAACAGUCAUGUCAGAUGCUGCAUUCACUUCCACACAGGCGAUUAGAAAAUACAUAGUGUAUGAGACAUGUCUGAUGGAGCUGUUUGAGGUGUGUGCUGUGUGCAAGCGUGCAUGCCUUGUAAAAACCAAAAGGCUUGGGACAUUUUUAUCAGUGGAACAGCUAUGCAAGUACUGCGAGUAUUCCCGAAGUUGGAAAAGCCAGCCUCUUCUGGAUAAUACACCAGCUGGGAACGUACAGCUUUCUGCUGCAGUGUACAUCAGUGGAGCCUCGUUCUUCAAACUUCAAAGGGUGUUCAAGGCAAUGCGUCUGCAGAUAUUUCUGUAUGACACGUUCCGUCGGCAUGCCAGAAUGUUUGUGGAACCAGCUAUAGUCCACACCUGGAGGAAGUCCCAGGAGGUGAUGCUGCAGCAGCUCAAAGAUGAUAAAGUCAUACUCGGUGGCGACAUGAGGGCUGACUCUCCAGGCCACUGUGCAAAAUAUGGUAGCUAUACCAUGAUGCACCUCAACACCAACACUAUUGUCGAUCUCCAGUUGGUUCAGAGCAAUGAGGUUGGUGGGAGCUCAUACAUGGAGAAAGAGGGCCUGAAGAGGAGCCUGUCAUUGUUGGGUGCACAAGGUGUAACCAUUGAUUGCAUCGUCACCGACCGCCACCCACAAAUUCAGAAAUUCCUGAGGGAGGAAAACAUCACACAAUUCUACGAUGUCUGGCACAUGGAGAAAGGACUUUCAAAGAAAAUAGAUAAAAUAGGCAAAAAGAAGGACUGUGAGAAAGUAAAGAAGUGGAUUCCAGCCAUCAGAAACCACAUCUAUUGGACAGCUGCAUCAUCCAAAACGGGGCCGGAGAGAGUGGCUAAAUGGACCUCCCUCCUGAACCACGUUCGGGAUGUUCAUACACACGAGGACCCCCUCUUCCCAAAAUGCCUCCAUACAAUUAGAAAAACAAGGGACAAGAGUAAAUGGCUCUCAGCAGGAACUCCUGCGUUCUACAACCUGGAAAAGGAGCUGACCAAAAAGACUGUCCUGAGGGACAUUGCCAAGCUCAGUCCCCACUACCAGACGUCCUCUUUGGAGGCGUUCCAUAGCGUCAUCCUGCGGUUCGCUCCAAAAAACGUGGUCUAUCCAUAUCUGGGAAUGCUGUGCAGACUGUACCUGGCUGCACUGCAUUAUAAUGAGAAUGCUGAUCGAGGACAAGCCACAACAUCAUCAGGGGAUCCUCGUUUCAAACUGAGCUUUCCAAAAUCCAGGAAGGGAGAGUGCAGAGCCAGACCAGUGAAGACGGAGGCAACAUUCCGAUAUGUUGAUGAUUUGACAUGAUCAUGGAGAAAGUCUUUGUCGACCCAUCAUCGUAUAGAGACGAGAUUCUGAAGAUAAACAUCCCGCCGGACCUGUCUUCACAAUAUGAGCAUCCAGACAAGGAGGAGGUCAUCGCCAGCUACGUCUCCAGAUUCAAUCAAGGGGGGGGAGUUUGAAGCCUCCAUAUCUUCCCUGGGCGUCAGAAAACUCUCGUCGGAUCCGAAGAACCACACACGAGAGAAUCACUACCCGUAUCUUCCGACCAAGGAAGCCCCAGCACCAGCUCACGAAGCUCCUAUAGGCUACAAACCUGUAACGACUGAGAGAAAUUAACAUUGGUAGUCAGCAGGUUGUUAUGUCUGGGUUCACAUUUCUCUAAUUUGGAUUCAGUGAAUCCUUCAACAUUGUAUUUAUAUGUACAUUGAC